GUCCGGUUCGUGACGAUGACAUAUCGACUUCCUCAGGCACAUCUCCAUUGAACGCCGACACCACUGCCAACGACACCAGAAUGAUUGGAUGACUGCUAAUCACGAAAGAAUCACAUCCCAUAAGGCACACCACCCGAUUGCCACAAGUGCACUUCAUCCGCCAUCACCAUGGCUUAUCUCGCACCCAUCCACCGCCCAUCGAGUGUCCGGCACGCCAUCAAGCUGUCGUUCACUGCUCCAAACUCAGAAGACUUGAUUGUGGCCAAAGCGAAUCGAUUGGAAAUAUGGUCUCCCAGCCCCCAGCAGCCAGGAGACCCCACUCUGGUCCUCCAGCACACACGAGCCAUCUAUGGCAAGAUCACAAUGCUGCAAAAGCUGAAGCCCGCGACGAGCCAGACAGAUCACCUGUUCGUCGGCACCGAUCGAUAUCAUUACUUCACUUUGAGUUGGGAUGCCGAGAAGAAUCAAUUGCGAACGGAGAAGAGCAUGGUUGACAUUGCGGAGAAGAGUGCCAGAGACAGUCAAACUGGAGAUAGAGUGCAUAUUGAUCCAACUGCGCGCUUCAUGACAUUGGAGUGCUACGAAGGCGUAGUCAAUGUCCUGCCGAUAGCGCAUGCUGGAAAAGGCAAGAGGAAGGCGGCUGACCACGAGAUUGGAGAGCUGGGGGAUCCCAUACCAGUACGGAUACCGGAGCUGUUUGUCCGAAGUAGCUGUUUUCUACAUAAGCGACAAGCUGGAACAAAACUCGCGGAUCCAGUGUUUGCAGUUCUUCAUGAGGACAGCCAGAACAAAUUACGCGUGAAGGUUUGCGAGCUAGAGUACCAACCUUCAUUACGACCGAACGAGGAGCCGGCGACGGCAGAGCUGGAGAAAGGGCAGGAGGUGGAAGGGACGAUAGAAAUUGGCGCAAGCCACCUGAUACCACUACCCGCUCCGAUAUACGGAUUUCUGAUCAUUGGCGAGACCAGUAUAUCGUACGUGGACGAAUGGAAGUACGAAAUCAUCGAUACACAACCUCUGGACGAGGCCACGAUAUUUGUGGCUUGGUGUCAGAUCGACGAGCAAAGAUUUGUGCUAGCGGACGACUAUGGGAAGCUGUACCUCUUAAUGGUGCAUCAGAAAGCAGACGGCGAAUACCAGAGUCACCAGAUCGAUGUGCUGGGUGAAACAAGUCGAGCUAGUACGUUGGUCUACCUCGACGAAGGCCGAGUGUUCGUCGGCAGCCACCAAGGAGACAGUCAGAUUAUUCAGAUCUCGCCAAAACAGAUUGAAGUGGUGCAGACGUUCUCCAACAUUGCACCCAUACUGGACUUUACGGUUAUGGACAUGGGCAACAGAAGCGCCGACGCACCCGUUAACGAGUUCUCGAGCGGGCAAGCCAGAAUUGUCACUGGAUCCGGUGCCUUUAAGGAUGGCAGUCUGAGAUCAGUGCGGUCUGGAGUUGGCUUAGAAGACAAGGGCAGCUUGGGAGACCUGGGCGAACCAAUCUCAGAUGUCUUCAGCCUGCGCAGUAGCGGCACUGCUGGUACAGUCGACACGCUGAUUGCCAGCUUCGUCAGCCACUCGAGUGCCAUUGUCUUCAGCGAAGAUGGCGACAUUGAGGCUAGAGAAGACUUCCGAGGCUUUGAUUUGUCACAGUGCACAUUGUAUGCUGGCAAUGUGUCAAAUGCGCGAGCUGUACAAGUGACCAGCUCUGGCGUGCUUUUGGCUGACGCCGAUGGCAGUAUGGUCUCUGAUCGAUGGGAGGCGCCAGCCGGGUCAUCUAUAUCAGCGGUGUCUGUCGAGGGUGACAAAGUGCUUGUCUCGCUUGGCGGCGCCGCGCUGGUCGUGCUGGAUCUGUCUGGAGCUAGCAUCGCUGUGCAGGCGCAGCGAGACUUCGGCAGUGACGAGCAGGUCUCGUGUAUCGCUUUGUCGCCAUCUUUACCUGGAGCAUGUGUUGCUGGAUUAUGGAAGGACAGCAAGGUAUCGGUGCUUGCAUUGUCUGACCUACAGCCCAUCGCAACAGAGCGAGUAGCCGAAGAUGACAGCCUUGCAGUGCCACGUUCUGUGACAGUUGCCAACAUCUUGCCUCGUCAGCCAGCGACACUUUUCAUCGGCCUUGCGGAUGGCAACGUGGUGACGUACAGCAUAUCAUCGCCGCAAAAGCCCUUCUCCGCCCGGAAAAGCAUCAUUCUUGGAACCCAGCAAGCCAACUUCGCAGUCUUGCCUCGCGCGGACGGUCUACAGAACGUCUUCGCAACAUGCGAGCACCCUUCCCUCAUAUACGGCAGUGAGGGGCGGAUGGUGUAUUCGGCAGUCACUGCAGACAGUGCAACGAGUAUCUGUUCUUUUGACUCGUUUGGAGAUUAUGCGAAUAGUAUAGCUAUCGCGACCAGGUCUGAACUGAAGCUUGCGUCGGUUGAUGAGGAGAGGACUACUCAUGUACAGGAUCUGCCUGUACACGAGACGGUCCGACGUAUAGCAUAUUCCGCUGAGCUGAAAGCUUUUGGCCUCGGCUGCAUCAAGCGGACGCUAACUGCAGGAGUGGAAGAAGUGCAAAGUCAUUUCAAGCUUGUGGACGAGGUUGCCUUCAAGGAGCUAGACUCUUGGGCGCUCAAUGAGGAUGAGUUGGUCGAAAGUGUGAUACGAUGUCAACUCGACGACGGAACUGGCGAUCAGGCGGAGCGAUUUGUCGUCGGCACUGCAUAUCUCGACGACGAGGACCCCAACUCAGCACGAGGGCGCAUCAUUGUAUUGGAAGUGACGGAGGAUCGCAAAAUCAAGCUCGUAACAGAGCUGGCUGUGAAGGGAGCGUGCCGGUGUCUGGCAACAUGCCAGGGCCGUAUUGUGGCCGCACUCGUCAAGACAGUUGUUAUCCUCGCCUACGAAUAUGCUCCCCCCAAGUCGUCUCCACUCCUCGUGAAGAAGGCUUCCUACCGCACCGCUACCGCGCCCAUUGAUAUCUCGGUUACAGGCGAUACCAUUGCCGUGUCCGACCUCAUGAAGUCCCUCAGCCUUAUCAAAUAUACGCCCGGUCGGGAAGGCAUGUCAGACUCACUCACUGAGCUGGCCCGCCACUUCGAGACACUUUGGGGCACGGCGGUUGCACCUAUUGAUCAAAACUCGUACAUUCAAUCCGAUGCCGAAGGGAACCUCAUCGUCCUCGAACACGACGUCUCGGGCUUCUCAGCGGAAGACCGAAGGCGCCUCCGGGUCACGUCCGAAAUGUGCCUCGGGGAAAUGGUCAACCGCAUCCGGCCCAUCAACGUCACCCCUACAGCCAACGCCGUCGUCGUUCCCAAGGCGUUCAUCGCGACAGUGGAAGGCAGCGUUUAUGUAUUCGCGACGAUUGUGCAAGAGCAACAGGAUCUAUUGAUGAGAUUACAAGGAAAACUUGCAGAUAUGGUGAAAUCUCCUGGACACGUGAGGUUUGCCAAGUAUCGAGGGUUCAAGACGCAAGUGCGAGACAUGGGCGAAGAGGGGCCAGUGAGGUUUGUAGACGGCGAGCUCGUCGAGCAAUUUUUGUAUUUGAGCGCGGAGCUUCAGGCAGAGGUGGUGAAGGACUUGGGCGGUGGACUGGACACCGAGGGCCUGAAAGAACUGGUAGAAGGCUUGAGAAGGGUGAGGUGAUGAUGGUGUGACGAGACACGAUCGCGAUACGUGUGAAGAGUGGUUGUGAAGAGGUCGCACCUAGUCUUGCACUAAUUUGCGCUACACCAUUUCAGACCAACUUCCAGAAUGCAAGCCAAUAGGCACAAGCGCUUCCCAGCGGGGAGCAAGGAU